AUGUGGAAGUUGAUAAUUGUUAUUUUUUCUACCAUUCUCCUCACUCAAUGUGUUAAGUUUGGACCUGAUGGUAGAUAUACCUGUCACUGUUUAAAUGAUGAACCAUGUAAUAAAUAUUCUGGUUUCUGUAAUGGAGGUUGUGCUAAUGGAUGGUCUGGUGCUUCUUGUCAAAAACAGAAUGUAGCUUUAAAUAAAUCACCAAGUCAGGUUGAGACUAACAGAACAAAGAGAGAAUCUGGUGAUAGAACUACUAAUAAACCUGACAAAUGUUAUAACUAUAAUAAAACUGGUAAAUGGUUGGGAAUAGAUCUAGAAGAAGGUUAUCCUAUUAAACACAUCAUCAUCCAACCGAAAAGGGAUUUAGCAUCAGUGAAUGGAAUUUUACUACAUGUUACUAAAGAGAAUGGAGAACCAGAACUAUGUUAUAAAGAAGGUCUGAGUUCGACGCCACCAUUUGUUAAAAAUAUAGAGUGUAGUCAUGUUAUAUAUGGUCGUUAUGUUAAUAUCAGUAAUGAUCGUAUCAGUCAUAAUGGAAGAUAUUUAACAUUAUGUGAAGUAGAGAUAUAUGUAUGUUCUGUAGGAACGUUUGGUUCAGAUUGUAACAACUUCUGUCAUUGUUUUAAUAAUGAAAGAUGCUCAGAGACUGGUGAAUGUCCUAAUGGUUGUUCUGAUGGAUGGACAGGAACAACUUGUAGUCAAAUGUGUGAUAAUGGUACAUACGGUGCUGGAUGUUUAAAACUAUGUUCAGAUAGAAAUUGUUUAGUAGAAACAUCACCAUGUCAUCAUAUCUAUGGUAGCUGUCAAGGUGGUUGUAUAGAAGGUUUUUAUGGUGAAGUUUGUGAUAUGAAAUGUUCAGAUAGAAAAUGUAAAGAUAGUAAUUUACAAUGUGAGAGUAAAACAGGAAAAUGUAUUGAUGGAUGUCGACGAGGAUACCAGUCAAUAGAUUGUAUACAAGAAUGUGAUAAUGGAACUUAUGGAGAGAACUGUCAGUUUAAAUGUUCAGAAAGAUUCUGUCAGUCACAUGAUAACUGUAGUUAUAUAGAUGGAGCUUGUGAUUGUUUAGAUGGAUACCAAGGAACUGAUUGUAUCUAUAAACAAAGCAUUGAACAAGAAGAUAACAAAGAAAUAAUAAUUGGAACGAUUGUUGGAGUAAUAGUAUUCGUGGUAUUUGUAGUAGUGAUAGUAUGUGUUCUGUGUAAGAAGAAAAACAGGUAUGUAAAAAAGAAUAGAAAAAAGGGUACCGAAUCGAGUGACAAUGUAAGACAACAAGAAGUAAUGAUUGGUUAA